CAUGGUUGAAGUAAUUCUUUCUUAUAAUCAAGAAAUAUCAAAUCAAACAUUUAGUGAUGGGGUAAAAUUGAAUCAUUUUCUCCUCAAUAAAUUAGGAAAGAAAAAAUAAAUUAUUAAACUCGUAAACAAAACAAAAGUCGACGCAAACAGUUCAAAAAACUCCCGGCGAUAAACCAGAAGUCUCCUCUCUCUCUAUGUACUUUUUUCAGCAAAGAGAGAAAAACGGAGAAAAAUUGUUUACGUUUUUUUCAUAGCGGAUAUCCGACCCGACCCGAAACACCGAUAUUCAACAUCGUCGUCGCUGACCUGCGUUUCGUUCGCCCGUCGCCGGCGAGAUAUGGCCGUUGCGCCGCCUCCGCCGUCGUGUUGUCCUGUUGUUUUCAUCUCUUUCCAUAUUCGAUCUAUUAGCCCUACCUGAAGAGGAAAAAGGGAAGUUUAUAAUAUUGUGAUAAUGGGAUCGGGAUCGGGUUCGGGGGGGGAAGGGAAUGGUGGAGAAGUUGAAGAGAUUUUUGAAGAUAAUAUAUUUUAUGGUGGCGAUGUUGGCGUCGUUAUUGGUACUAUCGGCGCCACUAAUUGUGGCAAUUGGGGAUGUAUUGGUACCAAGUGUGUUGAUUUCGAGUUUUACAUGCGUCAAAUGUUAUAGUUUUAAAGAGCAUUUGCAUAGAUAUGCAUUCAAAAGCUCCUUGACCGAUAUUCCUCUCGUUUCUGUCAUCAGAUCUCUUAUCAUCACAUGUGUUUAUUCUUUGUGUGAUGGCCCUGCUCUUUCACACGGACCGUACCUUGGAACGGUUACAUUCUGUUCCAUUGUUUCCAUUGUUCUUCUUUCAAUCAAAGCGUGUGUUUUCUCUGUCAAUUCAUAUUUGGAGAUUGAAGCUUCAUCUUCUGUCUCAAGGCAAAGGCUUCAUCUGAAAAAGUCAUGGGGGAUGCCUGUGUUGUUUCUUUCUUCGGUAGUCUUUGCUCUUGGACAUACUGUAAUUGCUUACAGAACAAGCUGUAGAGCAAGGAGGAAGCUUUUGUUUCACCGAGUUGACCCAGAAGCUGUCCUUCCUUGCAAAGUUGUUUUCUCUGCAUACAAUAAGGUACCACGAUCUCCAAUUCCGACUGGUAAAACAAGAACUGAAAGUGAUAUGCGGAGAAAACUUGCAGGAUCGGCUCAUGAUGAGGGCGAAGUCCCUGCUAUAUUGCUUGCUGAUGUUGAUAGUUCAUUCAUUUCUUGCCUUGGGCUCUCUCUUCAUUACAAACUUUGCUUGCCUGGCUCACCUUACCGUUCUUUGUCUUCCACGCCUUCUUCUGCUAACCCACUACAUGUUUUGUUGAAAAGUGAUUAUCGUAUUCGGAGGAGCCACAGUAGUCAAUUUCACACCCACACUCUCUCUAUGCCUCUUUUAGACGUGUCUCCAACUUCCCCAGCUCUUUCUGAAGGAAUCCCUAGUUUCAGCCUAGAUGAAAUUGCUGAUGAAAAUGAUGUUGGUAAGGUAGGAUGUUCGUUCCCGGUACGAGAUGUUGAAGGGAAUAAUCAGUUUGGAAUUGUUCUAGUGCAUGGUUUUGGAGGUGGGGUUUUCUCUUGGAGACUGGUGAUGGAUGAGUUAUCCCAGCAGGUGGGUUGUGCAGUCACAGCCUUUGACAGGCCAGGAUGGGGAUUGACAUCUAGGCCACGUCAGAGAGAUUGGGAGGAGAAUCAAUUGCCUAAUCCCUACAAGAUUGAUAGUCAGGUUGACCUGCUUCUCUCGUUUUGUUCGGAUAUGGGUUUUACUUCAGUCGUACUUGUUGGUCAUGAUGAUGGUGGAUUGCUUGCACUGAAGGCUGCACAAAGAGUUCAGUCAUCCACCAAUUCGAUUAAUGUCCAUAUUAAGGGGAUUGUAUUAUUGGAUGUUAGCUUGUCUAGAGAACUGGUUCCAGCAUUUGCAAGGAUAUUAUUGCGUACUUCUCUCGGAAAAAAGCACUUGGUGCGUCCACUGUUGCGAACAGAAAUUACUCAAGUUGUUAAUAGACGCGCAUGGUAUGAUGCCACCAAGUUGACAACUGAUGUUCUGAGCCUAUAUAAGGCCCCAUUAUUUGUAGAAGGAUGGGAUGAAGCACUCCAUGAGAUAGGAAAACAUUCAUGCGAGACAGUUCUCUCACAAGAAAAUGUGGCACAACUUCUAAAAACAGUUGAAAGUUUACCAGUUCUGGUGGUCGGAGGAGCUGAAGAUGCACUUGUUCCUAUUAAAUCUGUUCAAGCGAUGGCAUCAAAACUUGUAAAUUCUAGACUUGUUGCCAUAUCCGGCUGUGGACAUCUUCCACAUGAGGAAUGUCCGAAAGCAUUGCUAGCAGCCAUGACGCCAUUCAUCAAUAGAAUUUUAGUGGAAUCACAACCGCAACAUCAAUAGGAUGCUUAAUGUCAAGUCACAAGUAUUUAUUCAACUGAGCUUUUUGCCCUUUCUUCACACAUAUCUUUUGUAAUUUUUCUUUUCUGAAUUACUCAAAAGGUAGAGGUCCAAGUUGUCCUCUUCUUUUGGUAGAGCUUUAAUUGUGAAUUUGCAGCUUGAGUGUUAGAACUUUCAGAGUGUAUCUUCCUACCCUCCCUUCCUUCUUAAUUCCGAUGUGCAGAUUCUUAAACUAGGUUUUGGUUUCUGUUAUCGACCACAUAAGAGUGGAGAUAACAUCUGUGUACAAUUUCCUUUUUCUUCGGAACAGCAUAGGCAGAUUUCCUGCUAGAGUCUCUCUCCCUCGCCCGCUCUCGUUCUCUCUUAUAUGUGAAAAUUCUCAGUAACAGUACAAGAACAAUUAAUUCUCCUUUCUGUUUGUCACGAAGGAUGAUGUAUUUGGUUGUAAAUAAUAAACAAAUAUGAACAGCAGUAGCAUUAUUUAGCCUUUUGCUUGAUUUUUCA